AUGGCGCGCUCACGCGCCGCCGACGACGGAAGUAUGUUCAACCGUCCAUGGCUCGCCUUCUACGACCGUCGCGCGAGACCACCGCCGUGCGCUGCGGACGUCCCCGCCAUCCUGCGCGCGCUGGAUGAAAACUCGCUCUGUGAAAUCGCCUCGCGCCUCGGCCCGCGCGCGUUCGCUCGACUCGCCACGACGUGCGCGGCGUUUCGAGACUUUGUGUACGCGCACGACAUCGAUGUCUGGCGCGGUUUCUGCGUGGACGCGUUCGCGCACCGAGAGAGCGCCGCGGAGACGGCGGCGCGCAAAAGCAGACACGGGAGCUAUCGCGCCAUGUUCCAGCAACGCUUGCGCUUGCGCACGGACGGGCUGUACGUCAGCAGGAACACCUACAUCAAGCCCGGGGCGAAGACUAUGGAGAACGCGAAGUGCUGCCACUUGGUGGCGUAUUAUAGGUACUUUAGAUUCUACCGCACGGGCGAGUUCGUGUGCAAGACGUCGCCGCGGCGGCUGCGCGAUGAAGCCAAGCUUCUCAAGGAUCGAGCGGCGUGCGCGCGCUCGAACGAGGUCUGCCACGGAGGAUACACGAUCGACGGUGAAGAUCGAGUGCGCUGCGAGGCGAUUCGACCGAAAUCGAACGGCGAGUGGAGCGCGACUUAUUUUUGGGUUCGCCUUCGGCAGAACAAGCCCGGCGCGUCGAACCGACUGGACGUCGUCAAGAUAGCCAUGGUUGACGGCGAUAACGACCCCCCCACGCCCACAGACGAAGAAUGGCGCGCCGUCGACGACGAAGAGGCGCUCUACCGUCGAGGUCUCGGCAUCUGCGCCCAAAAGUUCGACGGCACCGCGGAGGUUCGCGUCGCCAACCGAGGUCUCUCCACGCUCGUCUUCGUCCCCUGGGACGAGGUCAACGUUCACGAGCUCAACAAGACCACCGAGGAGAUGGACUUUUACUUCACCGGCUGA